GUUUAUUUUCUCACGCCAAUAUUAGAUAAUUUUGAACAACAGCAAUCUUUCCCACAAAGAAAGUUUAGUAUAAGAAAACCACAUGCGCCAUGGAUGAUGAAACUCGAGAAUAAUUAUUUAUAACUAUUGUGUUAUCAUUCUCUUCGUCAACGAGCAUGAUCAGAAUUUCAAAGCUUAACGGAGUUCUCAAAAACAUCUUUAUUCCUUCUUAUUCCCUUAGUCAACGUCAAUCCACACUUUCCAAUUCAAAUAAAUCCAUCACUCCAUUUCGCAGCAACAACACCACCACCAAAUACAAGAAAUAUGGUUCACCUUCUUCCUCUCUUUCAAGAGAGUACAUGAGGGACAUUAUUGGGAAAAUUUACAGAACCCUAAAGUAUUCAUCUUGGGAUUCCGCUGAACGAGAGCUUGAAAAUCUUCCAUUGAAAUGGGAUUCUUACACGGUGAAUCAGAUUCUGAAGUCACAUCCUCCAAUGGAGAAAGCAUGGUUAUUCUUCAAUUGGGCUUCUCGUCUCAAAGGUUUCAAACACGACCAAUACACAUACACAACCAUGCUUAAUAUUUUCGGAGAAGCAGGAAGAAUUUCCUCCAUGAAACACGUUUUCCAUCAUAUGCAAGAGAAAGGGAUUAAGAUUGAUUCUGUUACUUACACUUCCAUGAUGCAUUGGCUUUCGAAUUCUGGGAAUUUGGAUGAGGCAAUUGCAUUGUGGGAUGAAAUGAAAUCCAAGGGAUGUUACCCAACUGUUGUUUCUUACACUGCUUAUAUCAAAAUUCUGUUUGAUAAUCAAAGAACGAAGGAAGCCACUGGUGUUUACAAGGAGAUGCUUCAUUCAGGAUGUGUUCCUAAUUGCUAUACCUAUACUGUUCUAAUGGACCAUCUUAUUGCCUCUGGAAAAUGCAAAGAAGCUCUCGAGAUUUUUGAGAAAAUGCAAGAGGCUGGAGUUGAACCGGAUAAAGCUGCAUGUAAUAUUCUGAUUGAGAAGUGUUCUAAAGUUGGUGGCACUGUGUUCAUGACCCACAUACUUCACUAUAUGAAAGAAAACCGUCUUGUUCUUCGCCACCGUGUUUUUUUGGAAGCAAUGAAAGCUUUAAAAAUUGCUGGCGAGAGUGAUACCCUUCUAAGGCAAGUCAAUCCACAAUUUUAUUUGGAUUGUAGCUUUAGGAAGAAGGAAAAUGACAGCGGCACAGUUAUUGCUGGUUCUUCUGCUAAUAUAGAUAAUGAGCUUUUAUUUGUUCUCUUGAAAAAUAGAAAAGUUGUUGCUAUUGACCACUUACUUCAAGGGAUGAUGGAGAAGAAAAUAGGUGUAGAUAAUAAGGUUAUCUCAACCAUUAUAGAGGUAAAUUGUAAUUGUUGUCGACCUGAUGGUGCUUUAUUAGCUUUCAAUUACAGUGUAACAAUGGGAAUAAGUCUCGAGAGAGCAGGAUAUCUUUCCUUAAUUGGCUUGUUAAUCAGAUCAAAUAUGUUUUCAAAACUGGUGCAAAUUGUUGCGGAAAUGACUAAUGCUGGACAUUCUCUUGGAAUCUAUCUGGCUUCACUUUUAAUUUAUAGGCUUGGUUGUGCUAGGCGGCCAUCUUUUGCCUUGAAGAUUUUCAAUUUAUUACCUGAUAAUCAUAAGUGCACUGCUACGUACACUGCUUUAAUUAGCACUUACCUCUCUGCUAGAAGAGUUAAUAAGGCACUCGAGAUUUACAAGAUCAUGUGUCAAAAAGGAAUUUGUCCUACGUCGGGAACUUAUAAUAUAUUAGUAGCUGGUUUGGAAAGAAAUGGCAGAUACUCUGAAGCAGAACUUCAUAGAAAAUCAAAGAAGAAUCUGCAUUCUAAUAUUGGUACUCGUGAAAGUGUUUCCACAGAGGGAAAGAUGUGUGACCUUCUAUUUGCUGGGGAUGUAAUACUUUGAUUUUGAUGCACUGAGAAUUCUCAUGGUUGAUUCAACCUGAAGGCAUUGUGAGUGCAGUUACUAAUGGAGACUGAAAUAUGACGAUGUUUAUGUUGCACAGCACUUGCUGCUUUUUGUCAAGAAAUAAUGGAUGUUUUGAUCCAACAUCAAGUUCAUGAGAGAUGCCAACACAGUCUAACUGUACGUGUCUACCUGCAUUUGCAACAUCUUGCAGGGCAUGCUUUUGAGCAUAUGAACUCAAGUUGAUGUUCUUCCGAACAGCCAUAUGUUGCAUCAAACAAGAAUUUUGUGAAGUAUGUUCACAUGCAGAUGCUCAUAGCUCUGAUGUCCCAGCCAGAGACAGGAUGCGUGGUUGUUAAAAUGUGCGAGGACUACUAAACAUACAUGCUGAAAAGUCCCUAAUUUAAGCAUGAUUGCUUUCGAAGCAUCUUUGGUAUUUUUGGAAACAGGUCUAAUUCAAUGGUAAAUUUUCUUUCAGCCAAUGACAUGGAUGGGCAAGAUCCUAGUCUGAAAGGUUCAUGUUACCAUUUCCAUGGGAAGAUUAGGACUUAUCUUCCUCUUGUAUGCAAUGGUGUCGCAAAAUAUAUUUAACCUAUUUAUAUACUCCUAUAAGAUAUUUUUUUACCCUCGUCCUUUUUCAUGUUUUUGUCCGAGUGUAUGAUGAUAAUCCUUCACAAAAUCAUGUAAGCAAUUUAAAUAUAUAUAUAUAUAUAUAUAUAUAUAUAUAUAUAUAUGUAUUUGUGAAUAUGCCUAUGAGGAAGGAUUAUUCCCUCUUGGAUUAUUCUUCUCUAAAAUUUAAAAGGCAACAGUUAAAUGAUGAUUUUUGUGA